AGACAAAUGUACAGCAUGAACCUGGCGCUUAGGUACCUCACGGAUUGGCUGGAUGGUCAUGGGUUAUCUCUCUCCCCCCCAAAAUGCACAGCAGUUGUAUUCACCAGAAAACGCCACAUCCCUGAUGUCGAUCUCGUUGUUGGAGAAGAUACAAUUGCUGUAGCCAACAAAGUGAAAUUUUUAGGCGUUAUUUUAGAUUCACGAUUAUCGGGAACCCAUCACAUGAAUUAUGUGGCUCAGAAGUGCGAGAGGGGCGUCAACGUCCUUAGAUCUCUGUCGGGCGUAUGGUGGGGGUCUCAUCCCUACUCACAGAAACUCUUGUACAAUGCUAUUGUUCGAAGCCAUUUCGAUUAUGCUUCCUUUGUACUGGACCCCUGUAACAAGGCUGCAUUGGAAAAACUCGACAAAAUACAGUACAAGUGUCUUCGUAUUAUAUCGGGUGCGAUGAGAUCUUCUCCCACCAAUGCCCUGCAGGUGGAGUGCGUUGAUCCCCCUCUUUCACUCCGGAGGCAGUAUUUGUGUGAUCGUUUCUUCUUCAAAAUUUGGCAAUCCGACUCUCACCCCUUAUUGGCCAAGCUUGAUACCCUUAGGCGGUUAUGUAACUCCCAAGAAAACCAUGGUCUUUCUUUCCUCCUUAAAACAUUCAUUUUUUGCACUAACCUCCCUCAUCCCACUGUGAAAUUUAAAACUAACCCCCUUUUCGAAGUCCCCUAUGACACCCUAGUUUUUCAACCCAACAUAGCCCUGGAUUUGGGCAUCAGAAAGGACUCCCCUGGGGCUGAUAGAGCCCUAAAUGAGAAACUCAAUACUGAGUGGCCGGACUGGCUCCCCAUCUACACCGAUGCCUCUAAAUUAUCUGAAGAUGGCAACGUGGGUUUGGCUGUAUGGCUGCCCAGAUACAGGGUUGUGUUGAGUUUCAAGUGUCCUCCUGAAACCUCGGUCUUCACGGGCGAGGCAACAGCUAUCUUAGAAGCUCUUCUCUACACUGAGUCCCACAAAUUAAAUAAAACUAUCAUUUUAUCAGAUUCGGCCAGCUGUUUACAAGCUAUCAUCGCUUAUCCAUUUAAAUCUAAAUCAAAAUUUCCAAUAAUUCUCAAAAUUAGAGAAACUCUUCAUCGCUGUGUGACUCAGGGUAUUGAGGUAGCUAUUGCCUGGAUUCCCGGACACAGUGGCAUCAUUGGUAAUGAGUGUGCAGAUUCCUUCGCUAAGGAAGCCGUUAGCUUGGGCCUGGAUACUCAUUACCAAAACUUCGCUCAUGACCUUGCCUCGCUCGCAGGUCCGAGGCUAGAUAGAUCCUGGAAAGUGUCCUGGGACACUUCCAGGAAUCUCAAAGGUAUUAACCCUGUAAAUAUAUCUAAAUUACCGUAAAGACAGUUAUAAUAUACAUGUGUGUUCCUUAUUACAAUUGAAUUUGGCGGAAUUUGCUGUGUCAGUCACACACGGCAUAGUGCCACAACCAAAGAUUGAUUGAUUGACUC